UUUUGAGGCCGGGCCGGGGCGGGCUCGGGGGCGGGAGCGGCGGCCCCGGGGGCGGUGAAAAGCGGCGGAGGGACCGGGAGCGGCUCCGUGCGCGGCCAUGAGGGCAGCGCUGGCCCCCGGGGUCCGGCUGCUCCGAGCGCUGCCCCGGGACAGCCGGUAUCGGGGGCUGACGCUGGUGCUGACAUUCCUCUGCUACACCAGCUACCACCUCUCCCGAAAACCCAUCAGCAUCGUCAAGAGCCAGCUGCACCCCAACUGCUCGGCGUUGGGCCCCAACCCUCACAACAACUCCAACAGCAGCGCGUGGUGCAGCUGGGCACCCUUCGAUGGGGACAACUACAAGGAGCUUUUCGGGGCGCUGGAUAAUGCCUUCCUGGUGGCUUAUGCCAUCGGGAUGUUCAUCAGCGGCAUUUUUGGGGAGCGGCUCCCCCUGCGCUACUACCUGUCGGGGGGGAUGCUGCUGAGCGGGCUCUUCACCGCGCUCUUCGGCCUCGGCUACUUCUGGAACAUCCACGUCCUCUGGUACUUCAUCGUCAUGCAGGUGUGCAAUGGGCUGGUGCAGACGACGGGCUGGCCCGCUGUCGUGGCGUGCGUCGGGAACUGGUUCGGGAAGGGAAAGAGAGGUUUGAUCAUGGGCAUCUGGAACUCGCACACCUCCGUCGGCAACAUCUUAGGGUCGCUCAUUGCCGGUGUCUGGGUUUCCUCCGCCUGGGGCUUGUCCUUCAUCGUGCCCGGCAUCAUCAUUGCCGCCGUGGGCGUCCUCUGCUUCUUCUUCCUCGUGGAGUAUCCCGAGGAUGUCGGCUGCAGUCCCCCCCUGCAUCACGCGGCAUCCGAGGAGGAAGAUGCUGGAGGAGCAACCACCACCGCCAAGGACCCUGAAGGCGUCACGUCCAACGAGGGGCCGCUGAGCAGCUCGGGCCAGAGCAGCACCGAUCGCUCCGACAGCCCCAAGGAGCCGGGCGAGGAGCCCGAAGCCAUCAGCUUCCUCGGGGCGCUCCGGAUACCUGGUGUGGUGGAGUUCUCCCUCUGCCUGCUCUUCGCCAAGCUGGUGAGCUACACCUUCCUCUACUGGCUGCCCCUCUACAUCGUCAACGUUGCUCAUUUUGGUGCCAAGAAAGCCGGGGACCUGUCGACCCUCUUUGACGUCGGUGGCAUUUUAGGGGGGAUCUUCGCCGGCCUCAUCUCUGACUACACUGGUGGCAGAGCCACCACGUGCUGUGUGAUGCUGGUCAUCGCCGCUCCCAUGCUGUUCCUGUAUAAUCAUGUUGGCCAGAACGGCAUUGGCACAUCGAUAGCGAUGCUGAUUGUCUGUGGCGCACUGGUUAAUGGGCCCUACGCUCUCAUCACCACGGCGGUUUCGGCAGAUUUGGGAACGCACGAGUCUCUCAAAGGAAACGCCAAAGCCCUUUCUACCGUCACGGCCAUCAUUGACGGCACGGGAUCCGUAGGCGCGGCGCUGGGGCCGCUGCUGGCGGGAAUCAUCUCCCCCACGGGCUGGAAUAACGUUUUCUACAUGCUGAUCGCAGCCGAUGUCUCGGCUUGUCUGCUCCUGGCGCGCGUGGUGGUCAAAGAGGUGCGGGGCUGGUGCGGCUCCAUGGCGAGGAAGAGAGGCUCUAGCGUGCAGCUCACAGAGUCAGUGCUGGAUGGGAAGUAGCUCGGUGUGAAAAACCAAUAGUCUGGGCCUCGCGCUGCGGUACAAGGAGUUUUGAUGUUCCCCCGCGAGCCCGGGGGGCCCGGAGGGAGGAGAGAGGCCGGGACACGCCGGGAGCGCGUCCGGGAGCGCGUUGGUGUCGGCAGAGCCGCGACACGGCCCCGCUGGCUCAUUCCGCCACCGUGGGUUCGUUUGGAGGCGAGGAGCAGCCCGAGGCCCCCGGCUGGCCGGUUUUCUGGGACGAUUCUUCACUGUUGGCUGCUUUAUUAAUAAAAAUGUGCAAAAUCUG